CCCCUGUGCAACACUCGUUCUUCACAUCGUCAACCUCAUCAUGUCCUACCCCUAUCCCUCCUAUCCGCCUCAACAGGGCUAUCCAACCGCCUACCCUCCCUCCCAACCUCCACCGCAUCAGUCUCCACAGCAUCACCACCAGCAACCGCCGCCCCACCAGGCAAACUACAGCACCAGCCGAGCUCCACCCCCGCACGGAUAUCCCCCACAAGUCCAACACCAACAGCAGCAGCAACAACAACAACAACAACAACAACACCAACACCAACAACCAAUUCAACACCACGACCAACAUGGACCCCCAGCGCCAGCUCCCCACAACCCGGCAUCCUAUCCCCCCGAAACCCCGCCUACGGCCACCCCCACCAACCCUACACCCAACAGCCCCGACCCCCCAGCGGCACCAACACCUACCGAUCGCCAAUGCCCCCGGCCGUCUCAACGGCCCCCUCUCUUGGCUACGACCCGGACCAGCGCGCCCCCGGCGACGCAACCCACGAAGCGGACGCUCUCCACGAAGCCCUAAAAGCAUACCCCACCACAGACGCCAGCACCCUCAUCCGCAUCCUCGCGGGGCCCGACCCUCUCGAAAUGGCCCUCAUCCGAGACACCUACGCUUCCCGCCACGGGCACAGUCUCACCAAGGAUAUCCUAUCCCAAACAACAGGCCCCCUAGCAGCGACACUCGCUGCACUCGCCGACGGCCCCCUCGAUCAAGACUUAACACACCUCCACGAUGGCUUCAUCAUCAACAAUAACAGCAACAACAACAGCAACGCAGACACACCAGCCCUCACAGACGUGCUCAUCGGGCGCAGCAACGCCGACCUCCGCGCAAUCAAAUACGCCUACGUCAACAAGUACGGCACCGCGCUAGUCGACACAAUCCGCAGCAGCGGCGGGCCCGCCGGUCCAUUCUUCGCGCAGCUACUAGGUGCAAGCCGGCCCGAGAACGCGGCGUUCUUCGACCAGGGUGCUGUGGAGGACGACGUGCGCGCGCUGCACGCGGCGUUGCUGGCCGCGGACGAGGUCAGCGUCGGCGAGCUGUUCCUCGCAGCGUCGGAUGCGCGGCUUGCGGCUGUGGCGGCUGCUUUUGAGGCGCGGUACCAGGUGGGGUUGGAGGCUGCUGUUUGGGAGAGUGGGUUUGCGGCGGCUGUGAAGGAGGUGUUGAGGGCGAUGGUGGCGCAUGCAGUUGAUCCGGUGUUGCGCGAUGCGGGCCGCUUGGUGAGGGUUGGCGGGGGGACUCGGCGGGGGAGGGGUGGAUGCGAAGGCGUUGGUGUAUUGGGUUGUGCGGCUGCACUGGAAUAGGCCGUACAUUGAGGAGGUUAAGACUUGUUUAGUGAGGCUGUUGGGGGGCGAUUUUGGGAGGCAGAUUA